UUUCCCCCUGGGUCGAUCGGAUACCUCAGAUACAAAAAAGCGACAUUCCUUUCGCGAGCUAGUCGGACGAUCAGUCAGACAGUUCGUUUUAUUUCAGUAAUCCUCAGAGCUGUUCUAAGUUGCUAGGUGUUCAAAGACGACAGUUAGUCAUGGCGUCCUCCGAUGAUAUGGCCGAGCUGGAAGCUAAAUUUGCAGAGUUUGUGAGUUUGUCUAGCGCUGGAAAACCUGCUGAUCCGAAAUUGAUGUCAAGCAAAGCCUGUGGUAAAAUGGUGAAGGACACACUGCCCAAGGAGGUGGUUACCAUUGCUGAUGCCAGUGUCUUUCCCAAAUACAAGGAGAAGGGGAAGCAGCACAUGCAUGUGAGCCACUUCCCCGCAUUCAUCCGAGACUGCGCACACGAGUAUGCAAAAAUUAAGACCAAGAACUCAAAGCUUCCAAAGGAUGACCCGAAGGUUGACGAGUACGAGGCAGACUUCCGACAGCGUCUGUUGAAAAAAGGACCGAAUGUCAAGGAAGUGAAAGAAUCCAAGACCGGAGCAGUGGGUAAGAUGACGGACUCAUCACACUACACUGGAUCUCACAAGCAGAGGUUUGACGAAUCUGGCAAAGGCAAGGGUAUAACAGGCCGAGAGGAUCUCCACGCUAACGAUGGCUAUGUGGGCAAUUACAAAGGAAAGGACACGUACGGUACCAAGAAGUAAGGACAACUCUCCUUGUGCUGUAUGAGGAAUGACUGCUGGUGGCUUUUGACGACUCUGUUGCUGAGGAGAAAAUCCAUUAACGCAAAGUUACACGCAUGAAACUAGCACUGUUGGAAAAUGUUUUACUGCUCUGUGUUGGUUCAGCAUAUAACAUCAAGAGUCCAUUGACUACACCAUAUAUUGACCUAUCAGACUUCGUGCAGUACACCGGAAAUGCGGUGCACAAGCCAGAGGCUGUGUAUAUUGAGCUGCAUGUGUUUAAUAAUUCAUAAUGCCCAAUCAUUGUCUCCCUAUAUUGAAAGGUAGAUUUUUGAUUAUAUUCUAAUGUUUCACUUACCGUAAUGUUGAAUAAAAUAUGCUCAUUGUAGAUCAUCA